UGCCCGCUCGCCAGCGGAAGGAACCCCUUUACAAACGAGCUGCUUUGAAGAGGACGAGGCCAGCCCAGGGGACGGGGUUCUGACCCACGUGGGCCAGGCUGACGCCCCAUGCGGAGAUGGAGUCCAGCAAGCAGUCUCCUGCGGACUUGACCAGCGGCUGCGUGAUGCUUGCUGGGCCGCCCUGACAUCCGGGGCCUGUGCUCUCCAUGCCCGGACUGGGACGAGACACGGUCGCUGCUAGAGAGAGAAAAUCGGGGAACGGCGGGUAUCAAAUUUGCACGGCGGGAUCCGGGGUGUCGCUUAGUGUUGUGGGGUGAGGGGCUUGCCUAGAAUGCUUGAAGCCUUAGUUGAUCCCUAACACCGAAAACGACUACAACAACCCCCCCUCCCAAAACACAACACAAAACAACAUCUGGGAGGCGCAUUCGCUUUCUAUGACUCUUGGCUCCUGUGGGUUGCCGUCGUUGCCCUGGGAUACCGAGAGACGCCCUGUCCUACGCGUCCCGUUUCUACGGAGACGCCUGCAUGGCGGCUGUUUGAGUGCUGAGCGUUGGGUCCCGGCGAGCUAGCUGCAGGAAAGGGAUCUGUACCGAGAGACCGCCUCCUCCGGGAAGUCGUGGCCAGGGUCCUCCCCGUGCCCUUCGCACAUUCCGGGGGACCGAGAUUUGGAUGAGAUUACUCAAGGAGAAGCAGCUCUAGGUGCCCAAUGCUCACCCAAGCAAGUCCAAACUCUGUCACAAGGCCCCGAAACUAUGUGGCCUCUACUGUAAACUCUGGAGGAUCAUGUCUGAGUGCCAGCACGAUGCCUGUGCCCACCAUCAACAGCAGCAGUGGGGCCAUGAGUGCCGACAGCAGCAGCAGUGUCCAGGUUGCCAGCCUCCUGGAUGCUCAGGGGUGCUUCUCACAGAAGCAGGAAAGAAUGAAGAAGAGAGUCAUGUGGGGCAUUGAGGUCGCCGAGGAGCUGCAAUGGAAAGGCUGGGAGCUGGGAAAGGAGACUACAAGGAACUUGGUUCUGAAAAACCUCUCCUUAAAAAUCCAGAAGAUGAAGUACAGGCCUCCCAAGACCAAGUUCUUCUUUACCAUCAUCCCUCAGCCCAUCUUCCUGAGCCCAGGCAUCACCCUCACACUCCCCGUCAUCUUCCGGCCGCUGGAGGAGAAGGAGUACGUGGACCAGCUAUGGUUUGAGAAAGAAGAGGGGAUGUUCUGUGUGGCCCUCAGGGCCACCUUGCCCUGCCACAAGCUAAUGUGCCCACCAUCCCUGAAGCUGCCCAUGUGUGCCAUCGGGGACGCAGUGGAUGCCUGGUUCUGCCUGAAAAAUGUGGGGGACCUACCCACCUUCUUUGCCUGGGAGGUCCCAAGCCCUUUCCAGAUACUUCCCACCACGGGGUUACUGGAGCCAAACCUGACCUGCAAGAUCAAAGUGACCUUUCAGCCUGUCAAAGCUGUCGUCCACGAAGUCGAGGCCACGUGCUGGUAUGGGGAGGGCUGCAAGCAGAAGAGCAGCAUCCAGCUUCAGGCUGUAGCUAAGUGUGCCCAGCUGCUGGUGAGCAUAAAGCGUAAGCUGCCAGAGGACCAGGAUGCCGAGGGCUUGCAAAAGGUGCUGCACUUCGGCUCCGUUGCUGUGGGCUGCGUAUCUGAGAGGCAGAUCCAGCUGUACAACCCGACUGGGGUCAACGCCCCCUUCAGGAUUGAAAUGGCUCCAGACAUGCAGGCCAAAGACCAGAUCUUUUGGUGCUCCGUAAACCAUGGCGUUGUACCCCCAGGAGAGAAGAAAUGUGUGUCAGUGUUCUUCCACCCCAAGACCCUGGACUACAGAACCAUAGAGUACUUCUCCGUCAUGCCUUCUGGCUCUGCCUCCCAAACCACGGUCCAAGUUGUUGGUUUCUGUCGAGGUCCCGCUGUGUUCCUGCAGCACGGCUGCGUCAAUUUCAGCUGGGUCAACCUUGGGGAGCGCUCAGAGCAGAGCCUGUGGAUUGAGAACAAGUCAGACUGCCUAGCUUACUUCCAGUUUGACAUUGACGGCCAGGACAGCGUCUUCAGUAUCAAGCCUGCCCUGGGAACCCUGGAAGGCAAGGCCCGCCUGACCCUGCACUGUGCCUUCCAGCCCACCCACCCCAUCAUCUGCUUUCGGCGGGUGGCAUGUCUCAUCCACCACCAGGACCCCCUUUUUCUGGAUUUGAUCGGGACCUGCCACUCAGAUAGCACCAAGCCAGCCAUCUUGACGCCUCAGCACCUUGUGUGGCACCGCACACACCUGGCUCGGGGCCUGGCGCUCUAUCCGCCUGACAUCCUGACGGCCAUGCUCAAGGAGGGGAAACUGGAGCAGGAUGCGGACGGGGCCCUCAUGGUGCCUGUGGAGGACCUGGAGGAUUUUUCAGCUCCGCCGUAUCCCUGUGUCCCCCCCAUGGCAGAGUACUUCUGUGAUGGCACCAGAGACGUGGCCAUCUUUCCCCCAGCCGUCAGUCUGGAGCCUGUUGAAGUGGACUUUGGAGCCUGCCCUGGGCCCGAGGUCCCCAACUCUGUCCCCCUGUGCCUGAGGAACUAUACCAAAGGCAAGAUCACAGUGGUCUGGACUCGCAGGUCUGACGGCCCUUUCUGGGUGACCCCAGACACUACUGAGGUGCCUCCACUCAAGUCCACCGCCAUGCGUCUGCACUUCCGGCCACCCGCCCCCAACUGCCUCUACGCUGCGGAGCUGGAAGCUUUUGCUGUCUUCAAGGUCCUGCAGCACUACAACAACGUCGAGGAGGACUGCACUCUGUCCCCGUCCUGGUGCCUGACGGUGCGGGCUCGAGGCCACAGCUACUGUGCUGCCUUGGAGCACCACAUCCCCCAGUAUUGCUUGGACGCACCUAAGCUGUUUCCUGCCGUGUCCUCUGGAAGCCCCUCCUACAGAAGCCUGCUUCUGGUCAACGAGGGCAACAUGCUGCUGACCUUCAGUCUGUCCCCCAAGAGCAGCUCGGACAUCACGCUGCGGCCCACUUCCGGCCUUGUAGUCCCCGGGGCCCACCAGGUGUUCCUUAUCUGCACCUACCCCAAGGGCACUUCCUGGAAGCAGCACCUUUUCUACCUGCAAUUCAACUUCUACCCCCAGUACCUCAAGGAGGUGAGCAUGCAGAGUCGGGAGGAGCCACUGCAGCUGGAGCUGGACAACCACAAAAGCAUCUUCUUCAAGCCCACCUGGGUGGGCUGCUCCUCCACCAGCAGCUUCACCUUCCACAACCCCACACGCCUGCCCCUGGAGUUUGAAUGGAGGGUCUCCCAGCAACACCGUAAGGUGCUGGCUGUCCAGCCCUCGAGGGGCAUCAUCCAUCCUAAUGAAAAUCUUAUGCUGACAUGGGCGUUCAGCCCUUUGGAGGAGACCAAGUACCUGUUCCGAGUGGGGAUGUGGGUCUGGGAAGCUGGCCUGCCCCCAAAUGCCAAGCCCCAAGCCACCAUGCACUACAUGAUCCGGCUGGUGGGCAUGGGAAUCACCAGCUUCCUGUCUGCACAGGUGCGGGAACUGGACUUCGGGAAUGUGCUAGUGAACAGUCGGCAGUGUAAGUCUCUGGUGCUUCUGAAUGAAGGCAACUGCACCCUCUCUUACCGCCUGGUGCCGGAGCAGCAUGAGCCCCAGGACUUCAACAACGACCCUCCUGCUCUGCAGCUGGACCCCUCAGAGGGGAGCAUGCCACCUCACUCCCAGGACACCAUCUGCCUGACCGCCUGCCCCACACACCAGUCCCAUUACUCCUGGACCAUCAGCUACACUAUCCUGUCUCACAGAGGUAACAUAAUUGGUGAGAAGGAGGAGCUGUGUCAGGUCUCCCUGAUGGCUGUGUACCCCUUACUCUCCAUCCUGGAUGUCUGCUCCAUGGGCAGCGCUGAGGGCAUCACCCGGAAGCACUUGUGGCACCUCUUCUCCCUGGACAUGCUCAACAGUUACUUGGCACAUAACCCCACCCCCUUGGAGCUGACCUACAAGGUUCCCACCCGGCACAGCAUGAGCCAGAUCCCCACUGUCUUCACCCCUUUGAAGCUUGACUUCAAUUUUGGGGCAGCACCAUUCAAGGCCCCUCCCUCAGUGGUGCUUCUGGCCAUGAAGAACAGUGGACUGGUACCCUUGGACUGGGCCUUCCUCUUUCCAAGCGACCAGCAGAUCGACCUGGAGAUAUGGGCAGAUCAAGCAGAGCUUAACCUCACUGAACUCCACCAGAUGCGUGCAGAGGACAAUUGCCUCUUCUCCAUCAGUCCCAAGUCUGGGUCCCUGAGCCCCGGACAGGAGCAGACGGUGGAGUUCAAAUACAGCCACCUGUUCAUCGGCACUGACCGUCUCCCUGUACUCUUCAAAGUGUCCCAUGGCAGGGAGAUCCUGGUACAUUUCAUAGGUGUGACAGUGAAACCGGAUCAGAAGUACGUGCACUUCACCUCCACGAGACACCAGUUCACCCCUGUCCCCAUUGGUGACACACUGCCCCCCCGUCAGAUUUAUGAGCUGUAUAACGGUGGCUCAGUGCCCGUGACAUAUGAAGUGCAGACCAACGUGCUGUUGCAGGUUCAAGAGAAAAAUUUCAAUCACCCCAUCUUCUGCUGCCUGAACCCCAAAGGGGAUAUCCAGCCAAGCACUACUGCUCGGCUCCUGUGGAUCUUCUCACCCAUUGAGGCCAAGACCUACACAGUGGAUGUGCCCAUACAAAUUCUGGGAUGGAACUCCGCUGUCAUCUCCUUCCAGGGAGUAGGCUAUGACCCCCAUGCCAUGGGUAACUCAGCCCCUUUCUACAACAUCUCCACAUGGGACAACAGCUCCAUAUACUCCAGGCUGAUGGUUCCUGGACAGACCGUCUUCCUGUCCCAGUCUCACAUCUCCCUGGGAAACAUCCCUGUGGAGAGCAAGUGCAGCCGCCUGCUAUUCCUCAACAACAUCUCUAAGAAGGAGACUAUCGUUUUUAUCUGGCAGCCAAGACCCCUAGACCUUGGAGAGGUAUCUGUGAGUCCCAUGGAAGGAGAGGUGGGCCCUGAAGAAGCAAUCCCAAUCCUGGUUACGCUGAAGACCUCAGUGCACGCCAGCUUCUACAGCAUGGACCUGAUAUGUAAGGUGUACAGAAAGGAACUCAUGAAGCAAUACCACCGAGAGCUGCAGGAGUGGAAUGAUGAGAAGGUGCGGCAAGAGGUGGAGUUCGUCAUCACCGACAGGAAAGUGAAGAGGAAAACACAUUGUGUGACCUGCAAACCCGUGAGGAGGUACGAGACGCUGCCCCCCAUUACAAACCAGCCCUCUACUGGCCAGCUUGCUAGCUGGAACCUGAACGCCACAAAAGAGAAGACAUCCUGGCCUUGUCCCCAGCCACCCGAGCCAGGCCUGCUCUGCCUGGGCCUCACUGCCCGGGCCCAUGCCACUGACUACUACCUGGCCAACUUCUUCUCCGAGUUUCCCUGCCACUUCUUGUACCGGAAGCUGCCACAGAAGAAGGCCCUCAGGGAAGAGCUGGAGGCUUCUGAUGAAGACUCUCCCAACAGCAAGGAGGCUCCUGUCUGCAGGCAGAAGAAGCAGCUUCUGAUCGACUGCCUCAGCACUAUCAUCAGGGGCUUACUGGAAGACAAGAACUUUCAGGAGGCUGUGGGCCAAAGCCUGGUAGAGCAGGUGCCUUACUUCUGCCAGUUCUUGAAUAAGCAGCCAGCCAAGUGCACGACCCAGAAGAACAGCAUGCACUUAACGCCAGUCCUGUCCCCGCAGUCCAGCUGCUGCGAGGAUGAGAAAGGCAAGGAGCAAGGGGAGGACAAGGACAACCUGGGGAGGGAGGAAGGCAGGGAAGAGGAGGAGGAGGACGAAGAGGAAGAGGGGGAGAUGGAAGAGGAGGAGCUGGGCAAGGAGGAGUUGGAGGAGGAAGAGGAGGAAGUAGAGAAGGAAGCGAGGUUGACCUGGUCAGAGAUUAAGAGUGCACAGCAGACUGUGUCCCAGCAGUCCCUACAGUGGCGAUGGCAGCAGGACCUGAAAGCCAGACUGAAGGAGGAGCGAGAACGAGAUGAAAAGGAAGCCAUUAGAAGGCUCCCUGCCUUCGCCAACCUGCAGGAGGCGCUGCUGGAGAACAUGAUUCAGAACAUUCUGGUGGAGGCCACGCGCGGGGAGGUGGUGCUCACCUCCCGGCCACGAAUCAUCGCCCUGCCCCCCGUGGCCAUGCACAGGACCGAUCCGCUGCUGCCCAUGCAGCAAGGAGAAACACCCUACCCAGGGGGGCCACUUCUGACUGACUAUUCGCUGGUGCCCAGCGCCUCUUACAUGCUGCCCUAAGUCCUUCCUGGC